AUGAUGCAAGAGAUGCGGUUCGAACUUCACUUGCCCCAGCGGUCGCUUCCGACGCUGGAGUUCUUUCAGAAGGCCGUUCACGACGUUCCGCAGCGGGUGCAGGAAGUUGCGUUGGGAGCCUACGGUGACGUGCCUGUCUACACCCGUGUUGUGGCACACUGGGGACCCAACCUGCGUGUGAAAGUGGAAAGCGACAUGGAAGGGGUGACGGACAAGGAUGGUGUCUACCGUUUCAUCUCCCCUCACCACAGCCGUUGCGGUCCCCUACGGCUUCUUUUGUCCGCCGUUUGCGCCAUGUGCAAGCGUCUCUUUCCCCAUCGCACGCCAUUUCCAUUCAUUGGUCUCAACUCCCCUACCCGGCGUCGUUCGAUUGACUUCUUGCUGUACUCCUGGUUCAUGGCUCCCCCGCAGAUCAGCUGUUUUGAUAUUGAUAUACGUGCCGCGCGGUUGACGGUGGCCAGAGAUGCCGUGGCAAAGCAAAGCCCAGAUACUGCGGAGAUGGUGAUUUCACGUCCCGUGAACAACUACAUCAUACGCGCCAUGCUCUUCUACGAUUUUUGUGGGCAGCGUGUGCUUUUCGCUGAGACACACGCCGCCACCGUUUGGGAGGCCGUGAAGCAUGUCAACGAACUGGCUGUGUCACUCAACGUCCCCGUGUAG